AUGGCUUCUUCCCAAGCAACGAGGCCGGCCUGGACCGAGCUGCCACCGGAGCUCAUCAAGAUGGUCUCCGACAAGAUGAUCGACAUCUCCGAUUACGUCCGCCUUCGUGCCGUCUGCAAGUCGUGGCGGUCUGCGGCGCCGCCAUCGAGCUUCGCUCAACGCAUACCGUGGCUGCUGCUUCCUUACGACCCCGACAGUGGCUCUCGCUCGUUCUUCAGCCUCUCCACCCACCAAAUCUACAGCCUCAGCUCGCCGCAACUCCGAGGACGAGUCACCUACGGGUCUUCCCAUGGUUGGCUCCUCACGAUGGACCGAUCCUUCUCCGUCUCCCUCCUCAACCCGAUCACCAACGCCUUCGUCCGCCUCCCCGCCAUAACUCGCCUCCCCGACUUCACCACCUUCCACUUCGAACGCCACGAGGACGGCGAGUACAUCUACCGCAGGCACGUCGGCGUCAGCGGGAAGGUCAACUACGACAUGAUACAGCAUAUACUGCUCUGCUCCGCCUUCGCUGCGCCGGGCGAAGGCGCCGGCGACUGCAUCGUGACCGUCACCAGCUACUUGUCGCCGCGGUUCCUGUGCUGCCGGUGGGCGGACGAGGCGUGGACGUUGGUCGACUCCACGUUGACCUGCGGCAUCGACUCCCUCACCAUGUACCGUGACAAGCUGUACCUCGUCGGGAUCGAUGGGAGCGUGGUGGUCUGCGCCAUGGACCCUCGUCUGCGGGCUGAGCUCGUCCCCUCGCUGCGGGUGCCCGGGGACUUCCAUUACUGCUCCUUCGGAGUGGUGGGAGGGGAGCUGCUGCUGGCGACGAACUACAUGCGGCGGGUGGAGGAGGGCGGUGGGAUUGGGGAGAAGGCGAGCAUGGAUUUCUUCAAGCUGGACUUGGAUGGGCGGAGGAUGAGGUGGGCGAAGCUGGAGGACGACAGCGAGUGCCCGCUGUUGCUGACGGAAAACCAGGUUGCGUCGGCCGCGAUCGAGUGCGAGGGAAGGUACGCUUGCUUUCGUGCAGUUCGCGGCGAGGUGGACGAGCUGCAUCACAGGACGGAGGUGGUGCAGAUGGAGGAAGGGAGAUGCAGGUUGUUGCCUUGCCACUGGGUGACGACGACGGACGCGUUGGGACCGGCUUGGUUUACACCAACUCUAAGUUAGAGAUUAAUAUUAUUAAUAAUAAUAAUAAUAAUAAUAAUAAUAUUAUUAUUAUUAUUAUAUAUGUAUAUGCAUAUAUAUGAUACUUGUAGAAGCAAUUAUUAAGAGCUAU